AUGGAGCUAGACACAGGAUCAGCCUUAUCUGUCAUUUCAGAGUCUGACUACAAACAGCUGUUCCCUAAGCUACCAUUAGUGCAGACCUCAGUGAUGCUUAAGACCUACACAGGUGAAAAAGUGUCUCCAAAAGGCAAACUGAAGGUAAAAGUGACAUAUGGUGGGAAAACACAGCAGUUGGAGUUGUAUGUUCUGAAAAAUGGAGGGCCAGCACUUUUCGGACGUGAAUGGUUGAGGAAGAUCCAGUUGGACUGGCACACCAUUAAAGCUCUAAAUAUGUCAUCAGCAGGCAAUUGCAGCCCGCACAGUGUAACACGGAGACUAUCACAGCUACUCAGUGCCAAUGACAGGGUGUUUGCAGAGGGUAUUGGUACACUAAAGGGGAUGAAGGCAAGAAUUGAAUUGGAUGAAAAGGCAACGCCAAGAUUCCAUAAAGCCCGUCCAGUGCCUUAUGCGCUUAGGCCAAAGGUGGAUGCUGAACUUCAGAGCUUGGAGGCAUCUGGAAUCCUAUCAAGGGUUGAAUGGAGUGAUUGGGCCACGCCCAUUGUCCCUGUGAUCAAGAAAGGAAAGGCUGAAGCUGUUCGUAUAUGUGGAGACUUUAAAGUAAGCAUCAAUCCUGUGCUGCGCACUGUGCAGUAUCCACUGCCACGAAUAGAAGAUAUCUUUGCUUCGUUGGCAGGAGGGGAGAAGUUCUCAAAGAUCGACCUGGCACAGGCCUACCUGCAAAUGGAGAUUGAGGAGUCUAGCAGGAAGUUCCUCACAAUCAACACUCACAGAGGACUGUUCCAGUACAACAGGCUUGUCUUUGGUGUUGCGUCGGCUCCAGCGAUCUGGCAAAGAGCGAUGGAUCAAGUCCUUCAAGAUAUCCCCGGAACCCAGUGUUACCUGGACGACAUCAUUGUGACAGGCAAGAAUGAUGAAGAGCAUCUUCAGAACCUUAGCAAAGUGCUCACCAGGCUGAGUGAGUAUGGCCUGCAUGCAAAGAGAAGCAAGUGCGAGUUUUUCAAGAGUGAAAUCUCAUACUGUGGACAUGUCAUUGACAAGCACGGCUUACACAAAUCACAAGAGAAAAUUGAGGCAGUGCUUCAAGCACCAAAACCAGAGAAUGUGUCACAACUAAGGUCAUUCUUAGGGCUCGUCAAUUAUUAUCACAAAUUGCUCCCAAACCUUGCUACAACAUUGCACCCCCUGAAUACACUGUUACAGACAGGAGUAAAAUGGGAGUGGUCUGAGAAAUGUGACAGGGCGUUUGAAGAAAUAAAAAGACUCAUAACAUCUGAUGAACUACUUACCCAUUAUGACCCAACACGACCCAUCAGACUGGCAUGCGACGCUAGUCCCUACGGGAUUGGCUGUGUCUUGUCACACGUCAUGAAAGACGGAUCUGAACGUCCAAUUGCAUUCACUUCAAGGUCACUGACGAGCGCAGAGCGCAAUUAUGCACAGAUCGACCGGGAGGCCCUCAGUCUAGUAUGGGGUGUCAAGAAGUUCCACCAUUACCUCUACGGACAAAGGUUUACUCUUGUGACAGACCACCAACCCCUCGUGUCAAUUUUUAACCCUCGUAAGGGAAUCCCAGUGAUGUCGGCGACCCGCUUGCAACGUUGGGCACUGUACCUUGGAGCACACUCUUAUGACAUUGAAUUCAAAGGCACCAGACAACACAGUAAUGCUGAUGGGUUGUCGCGUCUGCCACUGUCAACAACAGAAGAGGAAAAAACUUCAUCCCUGGAUCCAGCGGAGGUGUUCCAUACAGCAGUGGUGGAUCAGCUGCCAGUGACAAACACUGAAAUACAAAGACAAACUAGGAACGACCCAACUUUGUCAAAAGUCUACAACAUCACAAUGCAAGGAUGGCCAGCUCACGGUAACUCCAUGUUUCCAGAGUUUUCAGCCAGGCGAGACCAACUCUCAGUAUGCCAGGGAACCCUGAUGUGUGGAUCUCGUGUUGUAGUUCCCUCAAAGUUGCGCAGCAGAGUCUUAGAGAAUCUACACGAAGGACAUCUGGGCACAGUCAAGAUGAAGAGUCUAGCCCGGAGCUAUGUGUGGUGGCCAGGUAUAGAUAAACAGAUUGAAGACCUCACCAAAGGCUGCUCAGGAUGCCACAGAGUUCAGAAUGCACCGCCACAGGCACCCCUUCACCCAUGGGAGUGGCCAUCUGCCCCAUGGCAAAGAGUGCAUAUUGACUUUGCCGGGCCAUUCAUGAACUCCAUGUUCCUGAUUGUUGUUGAUGCCCAUUCCAAGUGGCCAGAGGUGAUACCGAUGAAGUCAACCACAUCAGAAAAGACCAUUGCUGCUCUUAGGUCCAUUUUCUCCAGAAAUGGCGUACCUGAACUGAUUGUGAGUGACAACGGGUCUCAAUACACUUCAGAAGAGUUCAGUCUAUUCAUGAAGAAAAAUGGCAUCAAGCACUUCAAGUCAGCGCCUCACCACCCAGCCACGAAUGGGUUAGCUGAAAGGUUUGUCCAAACUUUCAAGAAGUCCAUUAAAGCUAUGGAGAAGGAGGACAUUUCUCUUCAGCACAAGGUGGAUAAUUUCCUCUUUGCAUAUCGAAACUCUGUUCAUGCAACGACAAAUCAAACACCUGCUAUGCUGUUCAUGAACAGAAAUCUGAGAUCUCGCAUAGACCUCCUGAAACCAGAUCUGCGAAGGGAAGUGCAUAAUAAACAGUUCAGCUAUGUGCCAAUUAAGGCUGCAAGACACUUUGAGAUUGGACAGGAAGUCCUAGCUCGUGACUACCGGGAAGACAAGUGGACCCCUGUUAGGAUAGCAACGAGAACUGGACCACUGAUGUAUACAGUGGAUGUGGGAGAGCAUACCUGGAGACGUCAUGUGGAUCAGAUUAAGGAUGCACAGCCAAAGAACAACACCUUACCUUCUUCAGACUUACCUCCCAGUGAUGAUCACACCACUAAUAUCAAUGUGACACCUGCAACAGAGACCCUUGUCCUUGACAAGAUCCCUGCUACCCUUGAUGUUACUCCGCAGGUUACUCCAGAGACGUUAUCCUGA